AUGCUCAUUGAUAUAUAAUAACCUGAAAUUUGUUGCUUUGUUUGUUAGAUUAAAGUUGUAGAAUUAUUGAGAUGCUCACAAUUCAAAUCAUUAUAUUACUGUUCAAAGAAUGCUAAAAGUAAGGAUUGGAAACAACAUAAGUCUAUUUGUUCUGAAAUACAAUUACAAUUAUAACGAGAAAAACAAAGAGCAGAAAGAAGGUAUAAGGGAAGAAAGAUAUUGAAGACCUUGCUGAUUUUUAGACUGUCCUACAGGGAAAAUUUUCUGUAAUCUUUCGGGUUAGGGAUAUUGAAGCCAAUUAAUUUUUUGCUUUAAAGUAGAUUAAUAAAAGAAGGUUUACCUAAGUAAACAAGGAGAAAGAUUUAUUCAUGGAAAAACAUUGUUUAGGCAAACUUGCUGACUGCCCUUAUGUUAUUAAUAUUUUAUUCAACCUUUCAGGAUGCUGAAAAUCUAUACAUGUAAAUGCAGUAUGUUGAAGGUGGAGAAUUGUAGCCACUAGUUAAAAAUUUUGGAGCUUAAGCUUUUCCUCUUUGUCUUUACUAUAUAACUGAAUUAAUCAAAGCCAUAAAUUCCAUUCAUAAGCUUGGGACUGUACAUAGAGACAUAAAAAGUGAAAACUUGCUGUUAACUUAAGAGAAAUAAAUAAAUUUGAUUGAUUAUUUGGUACUGCAAGAGAUAUGA